AUGGCCCCGCGAUCCAAGUCGCGGGAUGGAGGCUGGGCUUGCAGCGGUUGCAAAGCCCGGGACGGGGCAGGCUACGACUUCUGCUGGAAGUGCUGGAAGGUUCGAGACUCCGCGAAGACCACGAACCACGGUGCGACCAGCACCCAGGAUGAUGCUGACGCCGACGACGCCACCAAAGCGAAGCUCAAGAAGUUACGGGUGCACCUGGCAGAACUUCGGAAGCAUGCGGCGGGCCCAGACUUGGCAAAGCACGUCCAGGGCAACAUCGACAUCGUACAGAAGGAGGUUGAUGAGUUGCAGGCAGCUGUCGACAACGGCAGCGACAUCCCUCGCUGUUUCUCGGAGCGCAAGCUCGAGCGCGUCGGGAAGCUGGAGGAGGAAAUCAAGGAGGCCCAAGAUGAGCUUGAGAAAGAGAAAGCACUCCUGGCCAGACAAGAUGAGAAGCUGCAGAAGCAGAGAGCCCGCAUCGAGGAGCUCAGCGUGCCCAAGGCGGGCAAGGGUUGGGGAGCGGCAGUGUCCUUCCUGGAGCAAGCGAAGAAGUGCCUGCGCGAGCAGGAGACCGACACCAAGAUCGCCGAAGCCCUCAAGCACGCGCAGCAGCAGCGCACCGUCGAGGAGGUGCGGGCUGCCGCGGCAGCAGCGGCAGCAGCCGCCAAGAGGGAGGCCGACGCAGCCCGCGAGGCCGCCCAGGACAAGCAGCAGAGGAACAAGCGCAGAACCGAAGAGGAGAUCAAGCAGGAGCUGGUCUCGUUCCCCCAGAACGCCGACCAGGCACAGAUCACCAAGAUCAUGCACGAGGCGGGCUGUACGGCCGAGCAGAUCGAGCGCCACAGCGCGAACCCCACUGGCACGCCGGGGCGCGCCAUGCGGGCCACCAGGUACAUGCACAAGUACCGCGCGGGCAUGGCGAAGGAGCUGCAGGCCAACGAGUGCAGCAUCUCCUGCGUCAACCAACGGAUGCAGAAGGAGGGCUGGAGGCUGGGCAACGUGCCGAGCGUCCGUGCCGCGCGGGGGGGCUGGAGAGCGCAGCUGCUCCUGGCAACCGUGCGGCCAAACAACAUGAGCUACGUCAUGGGGCCCGGCACGAGGGACGACACGCCCUGCGAGUCCAAGGGCGGCCUGGCGAAGGGCAGGAUGAAGACUGUCGGCAAGGAGGGGGCCAAUGCAGGCACGGCGCACCUCUGGGAUAGCGAGGGCGCCCCGCGGAACUCCACCACGGCCGCCGCAAGGGCGGGGAAGUACUGGAUCCAGGGCGACGACGCCGACAUGGACCCAGCUGGGCUACAGCACACCGGGGUGAACAACAAGAUGGAAUGGGUCAUCGUGUUCGACACUCCGCGCGGCUCGUGCGCCACAUUGGGGGAGGCACGGUGCCGCGACCACUUCAUCAUGGGCAACACGUACGAGGAGCACUCCAGGAAGUACCUCAACUACGUCGGCCAGGACGGGCAAGAGGGCAAGAGCCACCUGGCUUGCGCCCAGAACAAUGCCAAGGGUAUCCUUGGGAACGACAUCAUCGAGCCGCUCCUCGAGCGGGACUACCUAGCAUGGCGGGCGAUGCCAAAUCAGGAGGGGGGCAACGUAGACGCCAUGGACGAGCAGGAGAACUCCGACAACCUGGACGAGUUAAGCUACACAGGAUGCCGAGUCGAGGGGGGCAGCACGAGCCUCCCAGAGAAUACUCCUCGGCGGACCCCCGCUGUCCUCGGCCUCACGGCCUCGCAGGACUGCCCGUUGGUCGGGGCGAAAGCGGCGAGAGAGCGCCGCCGACCGACGGGGCGGGGGCGACGCGCGGACAUCGAUUGGGGCAGGGUGGCGAUCACAGCAGCCUGGAUCGACGCCGAGCACAUCGCUCAGAGAGGCUUGCGCCACGUGGACAGCGUGACCAGCGUGGACAUGUGGGAGACCAACCGCAUGCCCUACGCGAGGCGUUGGGGGGCGGCUAACAAGCGAGCCCAUGACUGGGCAAGCCGAGGGAGAUCGCGGGAACGCGCGGCCCAACCACAGGCCCUCCACUGCGAGGCUGCGCGGGCCGACGGGCACCGCCACGAGGGGACCUACUUCGGCCUGAUCAAGUGCUUCGAGUGGGUUACUCAGCGGAGGGCAUGGGGGGCGUCGCAGCGACGAGGCGACAACUCAAGCAUCAUGCGGACGGACCGCAAGAUGUACAGCAUAGGGCGGCACGGCGUCCUGGACCGGGGCUACGCCGAGGGCAAGGCUGGGCAGCGGGGCAUCGAGGCGGACAGCUGGCACAUACCGUUCGGUCGCCAGGCGGUCAUCAUCCUCGAGCUGGACAGGCUGGCGCACCAGGAUUGCCGGGCGAACGCGCCCCACCACGUCGGGGACCGCGCCGCAGCCACGUACGGCAGGCACGAGCACGUCGGCGAGGACCACCCGCAGCCCAUCGCCGCCGUGAGCUCCAGGAUCGUGACGGCCGUGGACAGGGCGGUCUCAAGCGGCACGGAGGCGAAGACGGUCACCCUGGCCUCCUCCGCUGCGGGGAGAGACCGCAACAACAAGAAGACCAGGUACCUCAGCGCGGGAGUAGUCAAGCACGAGAAGCACCUGGGAGGGACUGCAACAGCAUGCAGACGGAGUAGAGUGGCCGCCAUCAAUAAGCGGGAGCCGACGUUUGCAGAGAAGAAGGACAACGGUGAGUACGACAUGGGCGACGGGGGCUACGGGUCCCGCCCUGGCGCGCCGAGGGCCCAGAGCACCUUGCGGGGGAAGAUCCACGCGCGGCGGCAGGCGCCGCAGACAGGCACCCCGCCCAUGUUCAUCUGCACCGACAGCCAGAACGUCAACGACGGCGUGAUGGCGGGACCGUCGUGGCUCGACAAGAGGAGCCACCUGCACCUCGACCGCUGGGAGUGCAUCGCCCAGGCCGUCGCAGAGUGCAAGGGCUGA